CAGACCGCGUCAGUCCGGCGAGAAGAAGCUUGCGGCAGGUUGGGCGAGGGUGUCAGUGAACACAUCCGAAGGUUUAGAAGCAGCUUGCUGUAGCCACUGACUCGGACCCCGUCUCCCACCAGCCACAGGGACCAGCAGGUUGCUGGAUGCGGCGUUGUUGAGUUGGGUAGGUCUGCAUUCACCAACCCGAGCCCAGCGCCACAAACAGCAGCAGGUCUUACAGCCCCAUAGGAAGGCAGCGCGGCCGGCUAGCAGACCAGGAGAUGGGCACGGUGCUCUCGUUGUCCCCGGAGCCCAAGGGCAAGGGAGGAUCGGCCGAUGCUGCGCAACAGGGCGGCAAAAAUCCUAAGGAGAAGAGUCUGAAGAAGCAUUCGGUCCUCAUCUCCGCCCUGACCUGGAAGCGUCUGGUUGCAGCGUCCGCCAAGAAGAAGAACGCCAAGAAGGUGAAUCCAACGCCGGCGGGGCAGGUGAACGCCGCAGGUAACAAUGACCCGGUGAAACAGCUCAAUAGCGAGAACCUGAAGAAAUCCUUUCCAGGCUUGACUCAAGCUCCAGCCGGUCCCGAACCCUAUCCGGGGCAACAGAAACCACCGAGUGUUCCCAUCCCGGUGCCGGUACCCGUGGCCCCAAACAGUGUCAAGCCCCCCGCCAAAAACCUGCUGCCGACGCAGAAACAAGCCAGCAGUGGCAGCCUCGGCUCGCCCCGCAGGGUCGUGGUGCAGGCGUCCACCGGGGAACUCCUCCGGUGUUUGGGAGACUUCCUUUGUCGCAGGUGCUACCGUCUCAAGCAGCUGAACUCCAACGAGCCGGUGCUGUGGUUCAGAAACGUGGACCGCUCCUUGCUUAUCCAAGGCUGGCAAGACCAAGGCUUCAUCACCCCGGCCAACGUGGUGUUUGUCUACCUGCUGUGCCGGGAGGUGGUGGACGAGGAGCUCGCCACCGACUUCGAACUGCAAGCGACAUUCCUCACCUGCCUCUACCUCGCCUAUUCCUACAUGGGCAACGAAAUCUCCUACCCCCUCAAGCCUUUCCUGGUGGAAGUCAACAAGGAGGUCUUCUGGGAGAGAAGUCUCGCUAUCAUCGACCGAAUGAGUGCCAAGAUGCUGCGGAUUAAUUCCGACCCGCAUUACUUCACCGAGGUUUUCCAAGACCUCAAGAACGAAUCUAACAUCAGAGACUCCAAUGGGCAGUAUAUAAUUAACCUGGACCGUUAGAUAUGUUUUCUUUUUAAAAAAGAAAUAUAAAACAUCAUUAAUUAUAAAUAUAUAAUAGUCGAAGAAAGGGUGAACACAUGUUUAUUGUUAAAUCUCAGUGAGAAGGGCUGCGGUGACAGAGCUUGGGAUCUGGGUCUGGCAACACAGGGUUAAUGAGACAUUUGGAAUAAAGAGUUAAAUUUUUUAAAAUGACCCAGAGCCCUAAAACCAAACAAAAUUGGCGUAGAUUGGAUUUAAAAAAAAAUCUGAAGCCCAAAUCCUCACUUCCGUGAGUUUUAUUGAAAGAAAAAAAAAUUGUUUUCCAAUUUGUGCUGUAGAUCACGGUAUCAACGGUGGUCGUUGUUACAUUUCUGAAAAAAAGUUAUUCUGGUUUUUGUUUUGGGGAGCAUAACAUCAACAGUGCAUGCUGAACAUUGUCCCUGUGGUAGUCCAUUGAUGGCUGUUUUAAUAUCAACAUCGCGCAGUUGCAGUCAAAGGCUGCUGAACAAAUUCUGUAGAUAGAGUGUGAAUUUAAAAAAAACAUAUAUGUAUAUACACAUAUAAAUUUAUUUAUUUAUUUUCCCCUCGGGGGAAGAAAAUAAUUCUUGAGAGCCUUGGGCGGCAGUGGGUGGAUUGUGCGGGAGACAGGCGGCGGGAGAGAGAAACACCCGCUUUCCGUGGGACUAGUGUUUUAAAGCCAGCGUUUUAAUUUGCACAUUUGAUCCGCAGAAUCUCAUUCUGUCAGUCUGAAUGUACUUUUUUUUCCUUAGUGACAAAAAACACACAGAAAAGGGUGGGGUGGGAUCUUAACCAAUUGUCAAAUGUGCCAAUUGUUGGGAUACUCUAGAUAAAUUUUCGUUUUGUAUUGUACAUUAAACAUGCCGUAACGAAAAAGAAAUAUAUUGAGAUAUGAGCCGAUUAGUCGCCUUCAUUAUUUCAAAAGUAUUCAUGCAAAGCAGCGAGUGUU